AUGAACGACCCGGAGCGGAUUGCCCGCGAGGCGGUGGCGUGCGAGCUCACCAACAACGCCACCGCGCCCCCUGAGGGGCUCCACUGCGCCGGCACCUACGACUCGUGGCAGUGCUGGCCCCACGCUGCUCCCAACACCACUGUCUACCGGCCCUGCCCCGUCUUCGUGCCUGGCUUCAGUCCCGAAUUGAUGGCGCACAAGGAGUGCAUGGCUAACGGCUCGUGGUUCCGUCACCCUGAGACCGGCCAGCCCUGGUCCAACUACACCACCUGCAUCAAGCCUGAGGAUGACAUGAGCGAUAUAAUCGCGGUGUACGAGUGCGGAUACAGCAUCUCCCUCGUCGCGUUAUUGCUUUCGCUCUUCAUCCUUCUCUACUUCAAGAACCUACGGUGUGCGCGCAUCACGGUGCACAUGAACCUGUUUGCGUCAUUCGCGGCAAACAAUGCGCUGUGGCUGGUGUGGUACGGGCUGGUGGUGCCUUCGCCUGACACGCUGCGCGACUCGCCGGUGUGGUGCUGCGCGCUCAACACUAUCCUGCAAUACGCUAUGCUAACCACGUACACGUGGAUGCUAUGCGAGGGACUCUACCUGCACACCGUGCUGGUUAGCGCCUUCGUCUCUGAGCGUCGUUUGCUCCGUGCCCUGCUAUUGUUGGGCUGGGGUCUGCCGGUCACGUCGGCCGCUAUUUAUGCAGGUCGCCGCGGUGCUGCCGGUGACACGAUCUGCUGGUCAGACGAAGGCCAGCCGCGACCCGAGCUAAUCGUUCUGGCGUGCGGCGCUCUUCUCCUCAACGUGGCGUUCUUGUGCAACAUUGUGCGCGUACUGUGCACAAAGUUGCGUGCGGGAGGGUCAGUGGGGGGCGCAGGUGGCCCGCCCAGACCUUCCGCCACCGCGCUACACGCGUUACGUGCCACCUGCCUGUUAGCACCGUUGCUGGGCCUGCAGUACCUCUUGAUGCUAAUCCGACCCGAACCUACGGAACGCUGGUGGCUCGCGUACGAGUAUGUGUCGGCUUUGACCACAUCGCUCCAAGGACUCUGCGUGGCAGUACUGUACUGCUUCUGCAACGGCGAGGUGCUGGCGCAACUACGCCGGCGCUGGCGAGUUCUCACGUUCCGGCCGCGAGCCAACUCCGCCACUGCGACAACGGUAUCGUUCGUGCGGUCGGGGGCUGGCGCACCUGAGGACAAGGUGUGA